UAUUAGUCAAUCUCAAAUUCUUGUUACAUUUUUAGUACCUACCCGGUAUAUUUUGUUAUAUUUUUAAAACUCUGUAAAAAUGAACAAAAACAUAAUUACAACUGAAGAUGUUAUUCUCCCCAAUAAUAUUCCAGGAAUUGGAUAUUAUUAUUUUAACAAAAUGAAAGAAUAUGCUUUACAAAAUAAAAUAGCACAGAUUGUAGAAAAAACUGACGAAAAGGAUCCUUACGAAUCAUUGUUAAAAAGAUGCAUAAGAACAUCAAUAUUUUUACAAAACAUUGGGAUUAAAAAGGACGAUGUUAUAGCAAUUAUUGGGCCAAAACAUGUACAUAGUGUUGUUUCUUUUAUUUCUGGUCAUUUUAUUGGAGCCAUUCCAACUUGCGUGGCAUAUGACUACCCAGAAAAUAAUAUUAAAAGCAUACUAAAAAGUAUAAAGCCAAAGAUAAUUUUUACGGAUUCCAAGUGUUUAACAUUUUUAAAAGAAUAUUUACAUGAUAUAAGUUUAAGUGUAAAAUUUAUUGUUUUUGAUGAUUGUGUAGAAGGCUUUAGUUUUUCCGAUAUAGUCAAACUUCAAUCUGAUGAAGAAAACUUUGAACCAGUAAAAAUAGACAACAUAAAAAAUACAGCUAUAUUAUAUUUUAGUAGUGGUUCCACUGGAUUACCAAAACCUAUUUGUAUAAGUCAUUAUGCUAUGUUGGCGUCAGUUAUUGACUCUUAUCCGGAUGACCCUGAUAUGCAAGUUUUAGCUCAUUUAAAAAAACAAUAUUCAAAUGGAUGUCGGUACUUAGACUAUCAACCUCUUCACUGGAUAUCUUCACAAUUAACCCAGUGGAUUCAUAAAGGAAGUACUCGUAUUGUAGUUGACAAAUUUGAGGGCGUUAAAUUCUGGGAAAUUGUUAAUAAAUAUAAAGCUAACUCUACAUUCAUAGCACCAAAUUGUCUAAUUGAAUUAAGCAAAUGUCCGAAACCAGAACACCUUAACGUAGAUAGUCUGUGUUUAAUACUGGUAGGUGGUUUUCACGCAAUGGCAGAAUGUAUGGUUGCUGUUAGAAAAAUGGUUCAUCCAUUAUCUACUGUAAUGUCAAGAUAUGGUCAAACUGAAUUCAACGGUGGUACCAUUUUAUAUGAAAUCCGUGAUAAAACACAACGAAAAUACAUGCAUGAAAAACUUAAUUCUGUUGGUAUGGUUACCAAAGGACUUAGUGUUAAGAUAGUUGAUCUGGACACAAACGAAAUUUUAGGUCCAAACAAAAGCGGUGAAAUUUUGAUGAAAGGUGAAAAAUGCUUUAAUGGUUAUUAUAAAAUGGAUUCAAAGGAUUGUUUUGAUGAAGACGGUUAUUUUAGAACAGGGGAUAUUGGUUACUACGAUGAAGAUAAAUGUUUUUACAUCGUCGAUAGAUUGAAAGGAAUAUUUAAAUACAGUAAAUUUCCCAAAAUUGCUUCAUUAGACAUUGAAAAAAUCGUUAUGAAACACCCUGCCGUUAAACGUGCUGCUGUUUUUGGUUACCCGCAUCCAAUAGAUAAAAAUCAUGCCACUGCUGUAGUUGUUUUAGAAGAAAAUGCAAAAGCCACUUCAGAGGAAAUAAGAAAUUUUGUUGACUCCCAAGUAGAGGAUUACAAAAGGCUCAGAGGUGGUUUAAAAAUUGUAAAAGAACUACCUUUAACUCUAACUGGUAAAAUAAAAAGUGGAGAUCUAAAAGCUUUAGUAGAUGAAUAUUAA